AAUUUAGCGUGGUAGACAUUUGUGCAAAUGAUCUGUGAUGUAUGGUAGGAAAUACAUUACCUUGCACACUGCUAGAAAUUGAGACACGAUUGGAGAAAAACUUGAAAGUGCCGCUAUUGAAAUUUUUGUAAUUUCUCGUUAAGAUGCUCGGUUCGGGAAGCACUCUACAGGGUCACUCACAUGCUCAUUCAACAAGAGCAUUCCGCUGUGACCUUUGCGUGCUAUCUUUUUCAUCCAGUCAACGCCUUGAAAUCCAUCGCAAGAAGCAUUUUACGGAGAAAAAUUUUACGUGUCAAAUUUGCGACUUGCAAUUCUUAAACUGUGACGAUUUAUCACUACACGUAAAAAUGCACCGUGGUACUUUAACACAGUGUACUACUACUGAUUUGACUAUGAAGACACGCUUUAACUGAUGUUUUUGAACAGUUUUCUUUUUGUUAUAUACUGUUAAUGGUUAAUGGGAAUAAAGCGAAUAAAUUUUGAGAUGGAAUUUCAAAAACAACUUCAAUGAGAGAGGUGUUUUAUUUUCAUGUCAAUGACAGACAACGGCGUUGCAAGAUGACACAUAUCUUUUAUUAUUCACUCUUUUUUCUUUGUUUAUUGUUUACCGCUUUUCUGCCUGUUUACUGAUCAAAGGAUAAUACGGAUAGCAAAGUUGUAGUUAAUUUGUUGAUGUAAAGAUAAAUGAAAUAAGUCCAAUUUUAAACAUUCAUUCAACUAACCUGUAGCUGUUUGCUGAAAACUGAUUUUCCUCCAUUGAAAAUGAUUGUAAUCAUGACAAUUUGUCGUUAGUUAUUACUCUUAUGAAUUUGAGAAUCUAAGCGGUUGUUCAUAAUAAUCUUAACCACUUGCUGAAACGAGCUGGUAUCUAUAAAUUGAAAUUUAUUUUUCUCAUGAGUAUGUGUAACCUUCGUGAUAUUUACUUCUUCAAGUUCUUCUUUGUCAUUGAAAUCAUGUUCCCCUUGUGACCAGUUAAAUUUUUUUUCUUUUAGUCAUGAUGGUCCACACCACCAUGGUUCAAAGGAUCUAAGUUUUUCGGGAAGAAAUCCUCUUGUAACCACGUCUACUGCAUUAUGUUCUGAUGGGAUAUGCCGAAAAACGAACUUUGUUUUUUUGUUUCCUCG